GCCCAGCUUCUCCUCCUGAACUGCCUGCAAGGAGGAGGUGCCAAAUCUGCCCCAGCAAGAAACAUAGCAAAACAAGAAAAAGAAAAUACUCCCCAAAACAAAAGAGAGGAAAGAGAAGAAAAAAUGAAGGACUUGGUGCAGUCAGUAGAACUGGGGGUCUCUCAGCGGAACAGAGUCAACGUCACUCGACCCAAAGUUUGGCUGAAGAAUGAAAUUGUUCGGGUGGGACUUGCUGAAUGCCUUUGCACAUAUGUCAUGAUGGCGUUUGGCCUGGGAUCUGUUGCCCAGGUAGUGACAGGACAGGGAGCCUUCGGACAAUACCUCAGCAUCAACCUGGGUUUUGGACUGGGUGUUGCUAUGGGAGUCCAUGUCGGAGGGAAGGUCUCAGGGGCUCAUAUGAAUGCAGCUGUGUCAUUCACAAUGUGCGCAUUUGGCCGCCUUGGGUGGAAGAUGCUGCCUCUGUAUGUUUUUGCGCAGCUAUUGGGGUCAUUUCUGGCUGCUGGGACAAUUUAUGCUGUCUACCAUGAUGCCAUAUUUGACUACUGUGGAGGAAAUCUGACUGUAACAGGAGUAAAAGCCACAGCUGGUAUUUUUGCCACCUAUCCUGCACCGUACCUUUCCUUGAUGGCUGGAUUCAUUGAUCAGGUGUUUGGCACAGCUAUGCUGCUGCUGUGCUUAAUGGCUCUGUCUGACCAGAAAAACAAACCGGCCGCGCCUGGAAGCGAGCCCAUUGUAGUGGGCCUCCUGGUGCUGCUCAUUGGCAUUUCUCUGGGCAGCAACAGCGGAUAUGCUAUCAACCCCACCAGAGACAUUGCACCCAGGAUCUUCACUGCCAUAGCAGGCUGGGGGACUGAUGUGUUCAGGGCUGGUAAUGGGUGGUGGUGGGUGCCUAUAGUUGCCCCCCUCAUUGGAGGAGUACUGGGUGCAGGGCUCUACAAGGCCUUGGUGGAAAUGCACCACCCUCCCAUCUCUGAACAGGGUGAUCGGCUGGUGAGGGAGUUUGAGGAGGAGACUGCCCCUCUGGAAAAACAGGAAAACAUCUGUGCUAAUGUAUGCGUCUGAGAACCCGAGUAUGUAUAGUACUCUGGUAUACUAUAGUACACCGGCUGCGAUGCUACAUGGAUAUCUGUAUGCAGCCGAAACAUUCCAGGAUGUGGAAGGGUGGAAAAAUAGACGAUAGACAAAUUGCUUAGAUGGCAAACAGGAGGACUUUCACAAUAAGAGAGACUUGCUCAAAUAAGGUUUUGGAUAUCCUAAGCAAUUUUAAAAUGAUUGGUCUGUUUUAUGUGAUUACCUUCAUCACCAACCACAACUGCAGUUUUUUGUACUUGUCAGUGACAGCAAAACAUCGUUACACACAGCAUUACAUUAUAUGAUGUUUUCAUAUAGGACCUAUUGCUCCAAUAUAUUAUAGUAACUACAUGAAGGAGAAAAGGUUGAAAAUGAAGCCAUUUUUAUGCAUGAAAGAUGAAAAAAAAAACACACCACAGGGCUUAUAUUUCAUGUUUAUAUUAUUGAGGUAAUAGCAGCUGAUAUAACCUUGGAGGAUACCAUAAAUACCAUUCAUUUUAACAAUCAACAGGAGUCCACUUACAUGAGCUUUGAAACUUGGUUUUAUGUAAAGGAAAGUAAACAGCCCUCAAACAUUGCAGUUAAAUAAGCACGUAUCCUAAGGAAAAUAAAAUAGGAACAGUAGGAGUUGGCUCCUCACAGCUUGAAAGAGCAGCAGCUCAACUAAAGAUAAUACACAUAUUCAUCUCUCCAACAGUCCAUUUCACAGCAGCCUCAAGCUAAAAAGUGUAAAUGUGUCUUGAUUAACUUUGUAAGAGCUCCAAAGUGCUUAAACCAACAACUUAAUUAUAGAUACCUAUUAAGUCUGUACAGUGGUAUGAGUUUGGCAUCAGGAGCCCUAAAUGAAUAAAGCUAGCACACUUUAUCUCUAAAAUGCUGGAAUAUAACCUCCUCACAUGACUUCAUGGAUAUGGAGUCAUAAGAGCAGAUGUCAUUAGGCAGAAAUUAUUCACCCUGAACACAUUUUUUAUUUUUGUGAGAUUUACAGAGGAGCACAGUCGUCAGUUAGUAACUUGAUUACUAGCUUGAUGGUUUAUUGCAGUAUUUGAAAAUGUGACAUGUCAUGGUUAAGAUUUGCAUGCACUCUAAGGUGAUGUAAAGCUUGAUACUGAAGCUCUUAGGCGUCUCUCGAGUAUUUAGAGUAUA